CGCGAGUCCCGAAACCCUGGCGGAGCGCAGCGCGAAUGGAGGCCUGAGGGCGGCGGGGGCGGGGCGCGCCGCGAGCGGGGGCCGUGGCCGCGGCUGGCGCCGUCUAGAGGAGGCCCGGCCGUCCGCCACCGCGCACUCGGGCGCGGUGAGACGCAGGCGGGCCAGAUCGUGGGCCGCGGCGGCGAUGCAGCGACGGCGGCGCGCUCAGCCCGCGGCUCAGCCGGCCCAGGACGGCGGGCGCGGCGAGGAGGUGGAGGUGCAGUUCUCCGCUGGGCGUUUGGGCUCGGCCGCGCCUGCCGGGGUCCCCGCGCGCAGCACCGCCGAGGACGAGGAGCGGCUGGAGCGCGAGCACUUCUGGAAGGUCAUCAACGCGUUCCGCUACUACGGCACCAGUAUGCACGAACGAGUGAACAGAACAGAGAGACAGUUUCGAUCACUUCCACAUAACCAGCAGCAACUGCUUCCUCGGUUCCCUCUUCACUUGGACGAUAUCCGGAAAUGCAUUGAUCAUAAUCAGGAAAUACUGCUGACCAUUGUGAAUGACUGCAUACAUAUGUUUGAAAAUAAAGAAUAUGGAGAAGAUGGCAAUGGAAAGAUUAUGCCAGCAUCUACUUUUGACAUGGAUAAGUUAAAAUCUACGUUGAAACAGUUUGUAAGAGACUGGAGUGAAACUGGGAAAACAGAAAGGGAUGCCUGCUAUAAGCCGAUCAUAAAAGAAAUUGUAAAAAACUUUCCAAAAGAGAGAUGGGAUCCUUCUAAAGUAAAUAUUCUGGUACCUGGUGCUGGACUAGGAAGAUUGGCCUGGGAAAUAGCUAUGCUAGGUUAUGCUUGUCAAGGAAAUGAAUGGAGUUUUUUUAUGCUCUUUUCUUCCAACUUUGUACUCAACAGAUGUUCUGAAAUUAACAAAUACCAACUUUAUCCCUGGAUCCAUCAGUUUAGCAAUAAUCGGAGAUCAGCUGAUCAGAUUCGACCCAUUUUUUUCCCUGAUGUUGACCCCCACAGCCUUCCUCCAGGUUCUAACUUUUCGAUGACAGCAGGAGACUUUCAGGAGAUUUACUCAGAAUGCAAUACCUGGGACUGUAUUGCCACCUGUUUCUUCAUAGACACAGCUCACAAUGUAAUUGAUUAUAUCGAUACAAUAUGGAGAAUACUCAAGCCAGGUGGAAUUUGGAUAAACCUUGGUCCUCUACUGUACCAUUUUGAAAAUCUGGCAAAUGAACUUUCUAUAGAAUUGAGCUAUGAGGAUAUUAAAAAUGUUGUUCUGCAGUAUGGAUUCCAACUGGAGGUGGAAAAAGAAUCUGUAUUGUCAACAUAUACUGUGAAUGAUCUCUCUAUGAUGAAAUACUACUAUGAAUGUGUUUUGUUUGUGGUCCGGAAGCCACAGUAAUGGUCUUAAGUGAUAUUACCCAGAAAAAAAUGUUUAAUAUGAACAAAUGCUGAAAUAAACAACUCACAGUCAGCUAUCAGUGACAACAGGACACAACCUCAUAUCAGUGGUGCCUUCUUAUUCCUAACAAAAAUUUAGAAAUAGUGUCUAUUUUCUUAAUAAUAUCUAUUGCUUUUUUUCAGAAAUAUCUAUAUGAUGCAGAUUUAUACUGCAUAAGAAAAAUAAUGGAGAAAAUGUCUCCCAUGCAGAUAUGUAAUGGAGGAAAUAUCUUCAAGUACUUUUUUCUUUGAAGCCCAGAAUUGUCUUUCUUUAGGAAAAUAAACCUAAACUCCCGUCUUCAUGAAGCUGUUGCAAGUCUGCCAUAUUAGUGACCAAUAGCGCUAAAGUCCACACUAAUGUCCUUUUGAGGGUUACUUUACCUGUAUUACUUGUAGAAGAGUCUAAGGAUCCUCUGUCGUACUCAGCAUCUGGAACUGGAAUUUUGUUUUCAUUGGACCUAAAUAAUACUUAAAGAAUUUUGAAACUGUUUUUUCAUUAUUCAAAUUUGAUUGUUUUUUUCUUAGCUCAGCUGAAUUUAGAGAGGCAUCAAGUAUGUCUUCUAUGAAAUAUUAAUUCAGUUGUAUCACAGGUGAAAAUUCAGUGAAAUUUAUCAACAAAGAAAUUCAGUCUUUGUCCAUGCUAAAAUGAAUCUUAUAUUAACUCCUAGAUUCCUUUGAAAUGUGUAAGGUAUAAACAUUCAGAGGUACAAACUUUUUGUUUUGUUUUGUUUUUUGUUUUUUUUUUAAUCAGUGUUAAGUAACUGGAAAAAUAAGGAUGAAAACUGCCCAUCUGAAUUACAUAAUUUCAAAUUAGCAAUGAGUUACAAAGUUUGUCAGUGUGGUGUUUACAAUGAUGUCAUUUAUUAAGUAUGUGGCUUAUGAAAACAAGCACUUUUUUUAGUUAAAUUGUAUUUUAGUAAAAACUGUCAUGAUAGGAUUAAUGUGAAAAGUUUUGAGUAUGAAAUUCAGGGAUUAGUUAAUACCCAUGGUCUGUGUCUUCAAUAUCCUAGGCAGCAGCCAUUCAUGGAAUUUCAGAUUAAUGCCAGUUUUGUCCUGAUAGGGUUGGAGUUUAAACAGUCUGCAUGCUGCUUUAAUUUUCUACCUCUAGGGAGGCCUGUCUGGGGAGAGUUUUCCUUGUUACUGUUAGUUUUAAUGUUUGUUACUCUGUUUCCAUGAGCUAGGAAAGCAAAGAUGGCUGAUGUUUUAACAUCUACAAGAAAAGAAAGCUCUUGUUGAAUAUUUCACAGAUGGCUGUGACCUCUUAGUCAUUUGGAUUAGAUGGAUUUAGUAUGUGCUGGUGGCAUAACUGCGAUGUUGCCAUUUUUUGAUAAGAAGUUCUAGGCUGGAGAGAUGACUCAGUGGUUAAAAGCACUGACUGUUCUUCCAGAGGACCUGGGUUCAAUUCCCAACACCCACAUGGCAGCUCUCAUUCAGAUAUACAUGCAGGCAAAAUACCAAUGCACAUAAAUAAAUAGGAAAAAAAAGCCUUACUGUAAAUCUGUGUUGCUUAGGUUUGGGAGUCUAUAGGACCUACUGUCCUUUUAGUUGGGAGUUCUACACAGUGUAGGAAUUUUUGUCAUCUCUCCUCCCCUUAUGAAGUAUGUGGCUCCAUGGAGUGAAUUUUACUUAUCUUUUCAAAGUAUUUCUUGUUCUUCCAGUGCUCAGUACUUCAUAAAAGUUCAGUUGGUAGAAAUUCUCCCUAUUUGCAAGGGUGAAAAAUCUUCCCGAAUUUUUUUUUUAAGGAAAAGAAAUUAAUGUAUUUUAAAGACAUUCAUUGAACAGCAAGGAAUGCAUGUUUUUGUUAGUUGUGAUUUAGGAAUGCUUUUUAUUCAUUUUGUAUUUUUUAUAGCCUGGAUUUUGUUUUUCUUAUGAAGACAAGAACAAACUGACACCAGUGGGUUGGUUUUGUUACCUAAAGUUUUUUUUUCCUGUCAUGUUUUACUCUUUAAUAAUAAUACUUACAUUUCUAAAUUGUAUAUUUUACUUAACUCUGCAAUCAGUAAUUUCAUUUAUUUUUACUUUUUCUUCCUUAUAUCAUGAAGAUUUUAAAAACAUUCCUUAUAAAUUUGCAUCACUUUUCUCUUGUUGCUUUUGAAGUUAAUAUAUUCUAAACUUGAAAAUGUGGUAUAAAUCAUUAAUAGACGUAUCACUGGAAAAGUUUAGUUUUAUAUUUUUUAUAUUUAGGUGUAGCCACCGUAGUGUGUAAGCCUUGAAGUUUUAAAUUCUUUUUCUUAAAUUUGCUCUGCACACAUUUUUCAUUUUCAUAAGGUGAUCAUGUGCUUGCUGGUUUUUAAUUCUGACUUUCUGAGGUGGUACAAAUUUAGGUUCUGAUCAGUGAGCAAGAUAAGGCAUAUAAAACACACAGGGAAGCUGCAGAAAUCACAAUAUGAAAUAAUCAAGUUUGAGAACUGUAAAGGAUAUGGUAUUUAUAUGUAAUUCACAUUCUAAACGUUGCCAGAAGGUUGAAUUGGAAGCUUCAUGUUUGCAUGAAAUUUCCUAUAUUUUUAAUGUGUAUAUGGACUUAAUUUUUCCUAAAUAUUAAAGUCGCUAAUUGUUAUAACA